AUGACUUUACCAUUCAAAGGGGAAAAGAAUACUCAAUCUCAAUUAAGAAGUAAAGUGCCAUCUAGUUACAGUCCAAUCAUUAGAGCACUUGUCAAGCAUUAUCCUUCCACAUAUCCCCACAGAAUUAUUAAGCUUCCACAUAUUCUAGCAAUAAGACUGAAUCUUGAUAUACCUCAUAACAAUACAAUUUUGUUACCAGAGAAUAUAUUGGCAAGCUCGGAUCAUUUGAUUGGAAUGAAAUUUGGAAUGGGGGUACAUCUUGACGAUAUGAAUCAUUUAAAAAGAACAUCAAUUCUCUUACAAGAUCAAUUCGGAUUGGCUCUGGUUCGUUUAGAAAAUGUAGUUAGAGGAACUAUAUGCGGAGCAAUUAGGCAUAAAUUGAUACCGACUCCUCAGAAUUUGGUAACUUCGACUCCAUUAACAACCACUUAUGAAUCCUUUUUCGGAUUACACCCAUUGUCUCAAGUUUUGGAUCGAACAAAUCCAUUGACACAAAUAGUGCAUGGGAGAAAAUUGAGUUAUUUGGGCCCCGGAGGAUUGACCGGGCGAACUGCUAAUUUUCGGAUACGAGAUAUCCAUCCUAGUCACUAUGGACGCAUUUGCCCAAUUGACACGUCUGAAGGGAUCAAUGUUGGACUUAUCGGAUCCUUAGCAAUUCAUGCCAGGAUUGGUCAUUGGGGGUCUCUAGAAAGUCCAUUUUAUAAAAUCUUUGAGAGAUCAAAAAAAGCACAGAUGCUUUAUUUAUCCCCAAGUCGAGAUGAAUAUUAUAUGGUAGCGGCAGGAAAUUCUUUGGCCUUGAAUCAGGGUAUUCAGGAAGAACAGGUUGUUCCGGCUCGAUACCGCCAAGAAUUCCUGACUAUUGCAUGGGAACAAGUUCAUCUUCGAAGUAUUUUUCCUUUUCAAUAUUUUUCUAUUGGAGCUUCCCUCAUUCCUUUUAUCGAGCAUAAUGACGCGAAUCGGGCUUUAAUGAGUUCUAAUAUUCAGGCAGUUCCACUUUUCUGAUCCGAAAAAAAAUGCAUUGUUGGAACUGGAUGGAACGCCAAGUUCUCUAGAUUCAGUGUUCCUGCUAUAGGCCGAACACGAGGAAAGAUAAUUUAUUACUGAUAUUUUGACAAAAUCAUUUUUAUCGGUAAUGGUGAUACUCUACGCAUUCCAUUAUUAUGGUAUUCAACGUUUCAAAAAAAAAAUACUUGUAGCAUUUCAAAAAACCCAGGUUCAAGCGGUAAAUGCAUUAAAAAGGGACAAGUUUUAGCGGAUGUGCCGCUACAGUUUGUGGCGAAUCGGCCUUGGCAAGUUGGUGGCGAACUCGCCUUGGGCAAAAACGUAUUAGUAGCUUAUAUGCCAUGGGAGGGUUACAAUUUUGAGGAUGCGGUACUCAUUAGCGAGCGUCUAGUAUAUGAAGAUAUUUAUACUUCUUUUCACAUACGAAAAUAUGAAAUUCAGACUCAUGUGACAAGCCAAGGUCCUGAAAGAAUCACUAACGAAAUACCGCACCUAGAAGCCCAUUUACUCCGCAAUUUAGACAAAAAUGGAAUUGUGAUGCUGGGAUCUUGGGUGGAGACAGGCGAUAUUUUAGUAGGUAAAUUAACGCCUCAGGUGGCGAAAGAAUCAUCGUAUGCUCCAGAAGAUAGAUUAUUACGGGCCAUACUUGGGAUUCAGGUAUCCACUUCAAAGGAAACCUGUCUAAAAUUACCUAUAGGUGGGAGGGGUCGAGUCAUCGAUGUGAGAUGGGUCCAGAAAAAAGGGGGUUCUAGUUAUAAUCCGGAAACGAUUCGUGUCUAUAUUUCACAGAAACGCGAAAUCAAAGUAGGCGAUAAAGUAGCCGGAAGGCAUAAAGUGGGUGAUAAAGUAGCUGGAAGACAUGGAAAUAAAGGCAUCAUUUCCAAAAUUUUGCCUAGACAGGAUAUGCCUUAUUUGCAAGACGGAAGACCUGUUGAUAUGGUCUUCAACCCAUUAGGAGUACCUUCACGAAUGAAUGUAGGACAGCUAUUUGAAUGCUCGCUUGGGUUAGCAGGGAGUCUACUAGAUAGACAUUAUCGAAUAGCACCAUUUGAUGAGAGAUAUGAACAAGAGGCUUCGAGAAAACUAGUGUUUUCCGAAUUAUAUCAAGCCAGUAAGCAAACAGCGAAUCCAUGGGUAUUUGAACCCGAAUAUCCAGGAAAAAGCCGAAUAUUUGAUGGAAGAACGGGAGGCCCCUUUGAGCAACCUGUUAUAAUAGGAAAACCUUAUAUCUUGAAAUUAAUUCAUCAAGUUGAUGAUAAAAUACAUGGGCGUUCCAGUGGACAUUAUGCACUUGUUACACAACAACCACUUAGAGGAAGGUCCAAGCAAGGAGGACAACGGGUAGGAGAAAUGGAGGUUUGGGCUCUAGAGGGAUUUGGUGUUGCUCAUAUUUUACAAGAAAUGCUUACUUAUAAAUCUGAUCAUAUUAGAGCUCGCCAAGAAGUACUUGGGACUACGAUCAUUGGAGGAACAAUACCUAAACCCGAAGAUGCUCCAGAAUCUUUUCGAUUGCUCGUCCGAGAAUUACGAUCUUUGGCUCUGGAACUGAAUCAUUUCCUUGUAUCUGAGAAGAACUUCCAGAUUAAUAGGAAGGAAGCUUAA